CUUUCUCCUCUGCCACAAUGUGGGCCCCGGUCGCUCUUCUCAUCUUGCUCGCCAGCGGAACCUACGGAUAUUCUGUGGGAAAUGCCAACGCACUAGGGCGUGCCUUGGCCAACGCCAAUGCCCUUGGUCGAAGCUUGUCCCAACGCAAAUGCCUUGGGAGCUUGGCCAACGCGAAUGCCCUCGGAGAAAGCUUCGGUGACACCUUUCUUUUGGGUCACUCCCUGGCCAAUGCAAAUGCAGUUGACUACGAGGUCCCUGAGGUAGAGGUGGUGGAGGAACCCGUAGUGGUAGUGGAGGAGGAGCCUGUGGUGGUGUACUUAAAAAAUGCUUAUCAAAUUAAACCAUUCAAUUAUGAAAUUAUGCAUGAUGGUAUACUG